CACUUCUAGAGAGAGAGAGAGAAAUAAAAUUGGUAAGAAUGUUGAGUAUAUUCAGGAACGGCGUGAUUGAUCCACCGCGCGAGCUACACAGCCCAGCGCCAACGGCAUCCUCCGUGAGAUCCAAGACUCCAGAUGACACUCUAAAGGAUUUCAUAGAUUCAAACCCCAAAAACGGUUACUCCGUUCAAUUCGUAGACAAGGCCGCCCUAGCACACGCCUCACCUCAAUUUACCCGCUAUCGAAGUUUGUUCUCGGGGGUGGAUGACGUGUACUGCAUUUUCAUGGGGGAUCUGAAGAACCUGUGCCUGCUGAACAAGCAGUACGGACUGACAAAGUGUGCAAAUGAGGCGCUGUUUGUGAUCGAGGCGUACCGGACUCUCCGCGACCGCAGCCCCAUGCCGGCGCAUCAGGUCCUCAAGGAGCUCGAAGGCAGCUUCGCUUUUGUCAUCUACGACCACAAAUAUGGCACUGUCUUCGCUGCUCUUGGUGGUGAUAAGGCGUUGAAUUUGUUUUGGGGCGUUUCAUCUGAUGGAUCGGUGAUGAUAUCGGAUAAUGUUGGCCUUAUAAAAGCAAGCUGCAGAAAAUCGUAUGCUCCAUUUCCACCUGGAUGCUUGUACCAUAGCGAUAAAGGAUUGAUAAGCUUCGAGCAUCCGAUGCAUAAGAUGAAGGCGAUGCCGAGAAUCGACAGCGAAGGCGCAAUGUGCGGAUCGUAUUUCGCUGUGGAUGCAUAUUCUAAGGUUAACAGCAUGCCCCGCGUUGGCAGUUCUGCUAACUGGGCAACCUGGGGCUGAUCCUUUCAAUCCUCAUCAUCAUUCUUUUCAACUCAGCACACAUAAUUUAUUCUUUUUUUCAUUUAUUUACUUUUUCUUUUUUAAUAAUUAGUAUCUUUGAUUAUUAAUCCCCUGUUGUCGGAACCUAAAUUUGGGUUUUUGGUUCUAUUUUUAUUACUAUUACAAUUAUUUAUUAUUAAAUUUUA